AUGCCCAAAUUGACAGGCUUAUCGAAGGGCAUUGCUAUCCCUUAUGGAGCUUCAAGAACCCGCGGACAUGGCAAGAGAAAGCAUACAGUUGCGAACAAGUCUUUACGCCAGAUUGAAAAGGAGAAAGAGGCGCAAGCAUACGAAAUUUCAGUACUCAGUUUUACUGAGCGGCAACGUCUGCUCUGGGCUGACCGGUUGCAGUCCGCGCAUGACUCAGCUAUGAAUGUGGAUGUCAACAAACCUACAGAAGACAGUGAUUGGGAGGACGAGAUGGAGGAAGGCUUGCGCCGUCCACCUCCCGGAGAAAAAGGGUUGCUGCAGAGCCAUGCCGGGGGAGAGGCCGUUAUGGAGGACAUGAUGGCUGCGUUGACACCUAACAAACGGUACGACUUACGGACACGGCGGAAGCGCAUUCAACAACGGAUCAAUGCUUGGCAAAAGCAAGUGCCCCUUUUAGCCGCGCGAUUUCUCGAGUGGAAGCACAAUGAUGGUGACUUUCCUUCUCCGUCGGAAGAAAAGCAUAGCUGGAGCAUCCAGCAAUUCCCUGAGGGUUCAUCGCUUAACCAAGACCAUCCGAUAGUAUUUGGUGACCAAUCUUUCCAACAUCUUCCUGACAUUUCGUACACGAACAAAACUCUCGUAAGGCACGGUUUCAUAGGAGCAGCACCCGAAAAACCCACUAUCGCAUUUUCAUUGGAGAUGUUGGCAAUUUAUCGGCAAUUACGUCGUGUGUGCCCACGGUUCAGCCUAGAUGCACUAGCACGCGCACUGUGUUACAUCCAUCAGCUUCCCUGCCAGCACAAUUUGAGUGAUCACUUGAGCUCUGCCUACGACUGCUACCUUGAAAUUGACCGCCAUAUUUGCGAAUGGCAACGUAAUGCUCUUGGACGCUCGCCACGUUGGGAAUGCAAGCAUGUUUGCGCCCCGUGUCUGUAUAAGACACAGGAUAAGGCUCCCCUCAAGUACAGCAUGUUGGCUGCCAUGGAUGGCAACAACUCCCUCAAAAUUGUCGACACCCUCUUUUGCUCGGAGACCGUACGAGCCGAUGACAGGGUUUCAACAUCGUGGAAGUGGCUCACACCGGAGGAGGCUGACGUGUUUAAAGAUGAAGUCAAUAAGAAGACUAAGUUCUGUCUGACGUCAUACAACAAAACACCUGACGAAGGUCCAUUGGCUUUGCACAAUACUGCCGCCUCAACCGCUAGCGCGAUGCCGUCUGCGACCCAACCCCCUCCCAACCUCAAUGACAAUGCAACACCGCCUCUGAUCUCACUCUCUCUGGCCCUCAAUGACAACAUGGUUCCUGAUAGUGAUGACAUUGACAUUCCAUGGCUCAACAUUACCGAGCUGGACGAACUUGCCAAAUGCGUAAAUACCUGUGUUGAACGUUGGCGCAAUGCAGGUCCGGAAGCACAAAAGAAAAUGUUUUCAUUAUUCGCCAUUGCUGGAAUCUUCUUGAUUAAUGAAAUAUUCCCUUGCCGUCGUCGAUCGCCUUAUCCAGUUGUACGGUUCCGAUAUCUGCGUGGGCUAUGA